AUGUCUCUCAGACAACAAUUCGAGGAGCGAGCCUCACCAUCGUCGGCAGCAUCAACGGCGAUGACGACCAGAUACGCGGAGCCCACUGCCUCUCCCGUCGUCCCCACCCUUCUCUCCGUUCACUCCAAGAAGCCCUCAGACAUUCUGGUCCGGGCGAUUCCCGCUGAAUUUGCAGGCCUUCAGGCUAUGCGGAUUGUGACUGUGUCCAGGUUUUGGUGA